AUGACGGCUGUCUUUGCAGCGCCGAAUUCCCCACCCGAACUAUCGGGGUCCAAGUCCUCCAAGUCCUCGUCCUUUCGAUCCUCCUCGCGCAUGUCCAGCCCCGACGAGCCCUUUGCAGAUGUCGGCAACUUUGAAGAAAUUGGUUUAGAAGACGAGUCGAUGCCAUAUAUGCAGGCUUCCCCUGUCCCUUAUGGCCGAGCUCCGGGGAUUGCGCGGUCUUCAACGGCCCGAAUGCUGGCGAAGGCACCUACGACGACGACACGCGAUCUGAUAGCUGGUGCUCCGAGAAAUGGAUAUCCCCCUCAGGCACGGCCGGGCCCCAAGCUAAUGACAGGUGCGCGGGACCUACAGACCCCGCAACCACAAUCACGAUCUCGUCGCAACCGAUCUGCCUCACCCCUUCGGCCUUCACCCGGUUUGGCCACGUCCCCCUCGAAUCAGACAUUGGCACUGUCUCCAGCCAAUGCUCGACCUCUCAAUCGCAAACCUUCGUGGCAGCGCAGCCGCAAGUCGCUAAAGGACCUGGAGGCAGAAUACCACGACUCGGACGAGGAACUCCCGGAGGAUGCAAGCUUAUGGAAUGUACCCAUCUCUCCUCGGCCUGUGGAGGAUCGUUCCGCAUCUAGGGAGCAUAGCCCCAACAGACAGAGUCCCGGACCACGUCCUUUCCCUCUCUCGCAUUCGGUCUCCGAGGUUUCUAUUGCCGCGACACCAGCGCGCCGAUCCCCGGCCACUUCUCGAGCAAAUCGGCAAUUGAUGCGAUCUAGCUCUGCUGGCCCCGAGCGGGGUCAGAUCUCCCCGCGUAAUCCGCGGCUUUACUCUUACAACAGUAUGAUGUCCGACCUAUCAGAAGAAGCAAAGAACCUCACCCAGGCUUUGGAACACCACGCCGACGAGAACGACCGGAAGCGUGGAGAUAGUCUUCAGAGUGGGCUCUCUUCAUUGAGGUCUAGCGAUGAGUCCAAGCGAGAUUCCAAGGGCGCAAUUGAGCUGCCACCUGUCCAAAAAUCCAACAUCAUGAUCGACCCAUUGCCUAUAAGCAAGGAAAAGGAAAAGGUACUCACCCGCACUCGGCCUAGCUGGCUUCCGCCGAAGGAUCAGAAGGAGGAGAAACGCCACCUCAAAGAAUAUAAGAAAAUGAUGGAACAAUCACGGGAAGCAGACAAACGUCGAGCUGCUAGGGAGGCUUCUGCUAAGUGCGAGCGAGACAAUACGCGCGAGACCCUUCAGCAGAUUUGGGACGAAUACGUGUACCCCAACUGGGGACAAGCUAUUAGUGAGACUCGCACUCGCGAGUUGUGGUGGAGAGGCAUUCCCUCGCGCAUCCGGGGAUCGACUUGGGAGCGUGCCAUUGGAAAUGAGCUGGCUCUCUCCGAUGAGACGUACAAUAAGGCUCUUACGCGGGCAAAGGAGGCACGCGCCAAAUCCGAGGGUGACUCUGGCGAGAGUAACAAGAAGAUGAUGGAGUGGAAGGAGGACCCCUGCGCGAUACCUUGA